AGGGCAGGGAGCUGAGCGGAGGAUGUGGGUGCCCCCUCAGCUGAGUCACCAGCCCCGUGUUCUACCGCGGCCCCUCGUCCUCUUCCGCACGGAGAGGACACGGGCGGGGGGGGAGUGUGGGAAUGACAUCGGUGUGCGCCCAGGGCUCCCAGCCAGGCGCUUUCCAGUGAUGGGCACUAGCUGGGACACGGGAAGAUCCCUCUGAACAUCAGGAAACGCUUCUGCUGUGGGUGGCCCCGCUGGGGCAGCGGUUGGACGAGCUGAGCUCCAGAGGUCCCUGCCCACCUCAGCCGCGCUGUGAUCCUCCGGAGUUUCGUUAAGGCAAAUGAUUUACUAGGAGGUUGUGAUGGUUUAGGUAGCGCUCGGUACCUGUGCUUUGCUGCACUGAGGUAUGCAGGCAUGAGGUGUUGCAGAGGUCCUUUCUGGCAGGGCUGCCUGAGGGCACGGUGUGUAGGCUGCUAUGCCGGACCUGCCUCUCUGCCUUUCCUGGUCACUGCGUAGAUCCCUCUGUUCCAGUUACCAUGGCUGAAUGCAGCUUGUCACCUGGCUACCAGGGCUCUGAUAAAGCCCUAGGAGUGGUGGGAGCUCUUUCUCCUGACAGCUGGGGCUUGCAUCAGUCCUAAUGAUAGGAGCAUAAAGAGUUGCAGUAAAACCAGCUCCUGGAGAUGUGUAUUUGGGCAAUGGUGGUUGUGGUUUCUGCCGUCCCUGCCUGUCAGUUACAGAAAGGAGGGAUGGGGAGUGAGUGGUGACCUUGCUGCAUGAGAAGGGAGAGUGGGGCAGAGAAAUGAGAACGUGCUGAACAAGCCAGUGUGCCCGCUGUCAGGCGAAGCGGGGAUGCAGGGAGUUGGUCCAGUGGUGAGGGAAAGGCGUUGAGCAGGAUGCCUGUGGUGGCCCUUGUAGCAUAAAGGUGGUGGUGGCUUUAUGGUGAUGCCAGCCCUGAGGGAAGCCUGGAAUCUCACCUCCUACAGCUGCACCAGGAAACAGCUCCAGGAUGACUCCUGUUUGAGUUUAACUUUUCCUUUGUCACUACCUUGGGUCUCAGUUCUUGUGUGAGGCUGUGGCAUUCCUGGGGCACAGAGCCAGCCCGUGGUGUAGUGUGAGUCAGUCCUGCUAACACGAAAGUUCAGAUCCCGUGAGUCAGGUUAAAACCCAUGACUUUAAAAAUAGUACGUUGUGGGUUCUAUCCGGGUGUCCUCUGCUGUAGCAGCCUUCAGGGCUUACAUGCUUAAAGCAGUUUGGCUUUUAGCAUGGGUAAAAGCUUUCAAGAAGUUGGAUUUCAUCACUUGAAAAACAGACUGGAAGUUGAGAGAUCCAUCUGUUUCUCAGUACAAAAGUCUUGGGACCCAUGCAGAGGUCAGACUUAACCUUCUUUUGCCAUGCGCUUAAGAUUGACAUCACAUUUACUAUGUCCAGGGGGCUGUGUGUCUGAUGAGGUGGAGCUCUGUUUCUCAGCAUGACAGGCAGAAGCUUUGAAUGAGUUAAUAGCUAGAGCUGCUCUGAAUCGAGAUGGAAAUGACUAAGCACGCUGCAUUCCUGAAGUGUUACUUAUUUUGAUAUAAAAUCUGCAUGUUUGGUACUGCCCAUGUCCUUCAGGCAUCAGCAUGGCAAGAGUUUGGUUCAGAAAAGCUUCAGGCUCCUCCCAGAGCUGAACAGAAUGGGAGUAGCUGAAGACUCUAGAAGGGGUCUUUGCUGCUGUGCUGGCUGCCCCCUCAUCCCUCCAGCGCUGAGCUGGCAGCUUCCCUAGGCUCCAGGAGACCAGAAACGAUCUUUUAUUUGGCUCCCAGCACAGGAGGCUUGGUGAGGAGGAGGUCUCCUGGGUGGUUUGGAGCGGCACGGCUCUCACAAACGGAGCGAGGGAUUGCUUCAGGACUGCAUGGGCUUGCCAAGGCAGUGAUUUGCGUGCUCUCAUGCCCGUGGUGCAGCAGGAUAAGGUUGUGCUGCCAGGCUGCCCUUGUGGAGCUGACACCCAGGGGCUCUUGGACACCAGUGGGUGCUUUGGAGCCUCAUGCCAGCUUGAUGUGUGUGGGGCACAGGUGGAUGUGGACAAGGCUGGAGAUGGGGUGUUUGUGAGCUCCUUGGCACUUGCCAUGCACCCAACAGGGUCAGUGGACAACAGCUUCUCCCGCUCUGCUGUGCAGACCCUCUCCCGGAGCCACUGCCGUAAUAUCAAGCAGAAGAUCUCCCAGUGGGAGGGGAGGACACGAGGGUGCUCCAGCAAUGAGAAACAGCAGCUGAAAGACUUUGGAGUCAGGUAUGAUCCUAGCUGCGAUGCUCUGCCCAGAGUGAAGCCAGAUCAUGCAGAGGAGGGCAGAAGGACUGGGUCCAAAGAUCCAAAGAGCUUGGGCUUGGACUUCAGGGAAGAUGCACGGGGCUGCUUGCAGACUGGUGGCUGUGGUGACCUCAAGCCCUGUGCAUACAGCCCUAUAGCUUCCCAAGCCAAGGAGAAAGGAGAGUUGCAAGCUGGCCUAGACCCAGAAGCAAGACUGCCCCCAGGGAACUUCUACACCUCGCAAGCUCUGUGGAGGAGAGUAGAUCCCCAUCUGCCUGGCAAAGCCCCACCAGUUCCCGUGGACCUUCAGAGGAAGCAAGGGAGCUGUUGCUCCACAGAAAGAGAACUUAAAGUCAAAGGAGCAGAAUCUCUCUGCAGGGCAGAGAGGAGCUUGAAAAACAUUUACCCUGAGGCUGAGGGGCAAGAGGAGGUCCCACCACCUCCUGCUGCUCUCCCACCACCUCCUGCUGCUGUCCCACCACCCAAGCCCCGCAGGACUUUCCGCUAUCUAGCAGAAAAGGGUGCUGGAAGCUGUGAUGAUGCCAGUGCUACCAGGGAAGCUCCUGUACAAAAGCAGCAUGGAGGAGACUCAGUGUCAUCCUCCAACAACCCUGAGAAGAGAAUAGCCAGCAGGAGGAUCAGAGGGAGAACCCAGAGGAAAUCUUUUGAGUUUGAGGACAUCCAGGGCUUCCGCAACCGGAUGGCAACCACCAGGUCCCACAGGCUUCAAGAAGAGACAAAUGGCACUACAGGAUCCAGGCUUGUCUACACACAGUCAGAAGACAACAUCUAUGAGGACAUUAUCUGUCCUGCAAAAGAGAACCCAUAUGAAGAUAUCGGAGCGCUGCCCUUACCCCUCUGGAAGGUCCCAUCUGUCUGGAAGCUGCCACCCCCCCGGAGCACCAGGAGAGCUCCCAAGCCUCCCCCAAAACCUCCCUUCCUCAGUCGCAAGACUCUUGAACCAAAGCCCUCCCAGUCAAGUUUCCAAGGGAAAAUGGUGAAGGACACAACCCUGCCUGUCACACUGUCUGAGUGGAAGCUGUUCCGAGCAGUAGAGGCUGCUAGCAGGAGAAAGAACUUGCCCUGGCUGGUACUAAAAAUCCAGGAGGUCUUUGAUUCUAAGCGUGGGAAGAAGAGGGUGAAGUUGCUCAGUGCUGCUGGGAGAGAAGCACCUCCAGUGAAAGGUGAAACCAGUGGGAAUGAAAGUGAUACGGAAAAUCAGCCAAAAAGUCGACACAGGUGCCUGAUGAGGUCAACCUCCAAGAGGAACCCACACUACCAGACUUUGGAGAGGGAUCUGAUAGAGCUUCAGGAGCAGCGGCUGUUUGAGCUGUUUGUGGUGGUGUCACUGCACAAGAAGGCAUCUGAGAUGACCUACACACCACAGAUCAUACAGCAGUUUCCCAGCAAGACUGAACAUCCCUUCAGACAGUCAAAGGAUACUGAAGAGAGGCUAAAGGUCAUUCCCAAGUUCUGCUUUCCAGAUCCCAAAGACUGGUUUCCUGCAUCAGACCUUAAAAGUGAAACAUUUUCUUUCGUGUUGACGGGGGAGGAUGGCAGCCGCUGGUUUGGGUACUGCAGGAAGCUCCUGCCAGAAGGGAAAGGGAAGCGCCUUCCUGAGGUGUACUGCAUUGUUAGCCGCCUGGGCUGCUUCAACCUCUUCUCCAAGAUUUUAGAUGAAGUGGAGAAGAGGCGAGAGAUGUCCCCAGCCCUGGUGCACCCAUUCAUGCACAGUGUCAUGGAGGCGCCUUUCCCUGCUCCUGGACGCACAAUUACUGUGAGGAGUUUCCUGCCAGGAGCAGGAAAUGAGGUGCUGGAGCUCUGCCGCCCACUGGAUUCCCGACUGGAACAUGUUGACUUCGAGUGCCUCUUCAGGUGUCUCAGUGUGACUCACACAAUUCGGGUCUUUGCCUCUCUCCUGCUGGAAAGGAGGGUGAUCUUUGUCGCUGACAACUUAAGCGUUCUGUCUAAAUGUGGCCAUGCUGCAGUUGCAACGCUUUAUCCUUUCACUUGGCAACACACCUACAUACCAGUCCUGCCAACUUCUAUGAUUGAUAUUGUGUGCUCUCCGACCCCAUUCCUAAUUGGCAUUCUCUCCUGCUCAUUACCACAGCUCCAGGACCUGCCCAUAGAAGAGGUGCUGAUCGUUGAUCUUUGUGCUGACAAGUUCUUGCAAGAGGUAUCAGAUGAAGAUGAGAUCCUGCCCCAUAAACUCCAGGCUGCUCUUGUCCAAGUCUUGGAAGAACGAAGUGAAAUCUUGUCUCAUCAGCAGAGUGACACACAAGGUGACGUGCCCCUGAACUCCCUGGUCUCUGAGGCUUUUGUGCAGUUCUUUGUGGAGAUCGUUGGACACUAUUCCCUGCACAUGAACGUCACAGAGAGAGGGGAGCGCGUGUUCCAGCGGGAGCUGUUCCGCAAGUCUCACGUCUCGCGCAACGUGCGGCACUUCCUUCACUUCUUCAUGGAAACACAGAUGUUUGCAGGCUUCAUCCAGGACCGAGAGCUGAGAAAGAACCCGGUCAAAGGCCUGUUUGAGGUCCGUGCUUUGGAGUAUUUGGAGAGUAUUCCAGGGACUGAACCGACUGGAAUGAACAAAAUCCUUCGCAGUCUCGGCACUAAAAUGAAGUUUCUCCAGAAGAGAUGAGUGGGCGCUGCUGCUGCUGCUGCGGGCCAGCGGCGGGCCGCGGGUGCCGCCUGCCCUGCGGCCGGAGCCGGCCUCCUCUGUGGCUGCAGGCGGGCUGGGGCCGGGUGCGGCUCCUGACUUAUUAAACCGUCAAUUCAGCGUUACCGA